AUGGCGCCGAUCCCGAUCGCCACCGCCACCGCCCUUCACUCCGCCAAUGCGAUAACCCGCCCGCUUACCGACAGUAGAGCCAGCGCUUUAAUACUUGGACCGGGACUUUACCCUCAUUUUGUCAACUGGCAAGCCAACAUCGACGACCCCGAACAACAGGCGCUCUACCCGACCUGGCAAGCAUGGAAAAAGACCGUAUACGCAGUUCAGCAAGAAGGCAUCGGCGGUAUACCCAGUCCGCCGGUCUUCAAAGCGUUUAUGAACACACCGCGCGUUAAAGAGCAUUUCCACGGUCGUGACGAAGACCUGUCCCACAUCUUCACAGACGUCGACGACGAAGAGGAAGAGAGAGGACCCGGAGACCUCCUCGUUGCGCGCGUCUGCAAACACACCAUCCACCCCGGUAACCCAUGCGUCAAAAUGGAAAUUUGUCCAGUCUGCAUCAUGAAACAAUGUCUCGCUUCUCUCGAACGCAUCGCCUUUGUCUGGCGCAUUGUCGGUGGACCUUAUAGGCCGGGUCGAAAUGAAGCGGGGGUGCACAUUGUUGACCCUGAAGAGUAUGCGAUAUAUCUUGCGGUGAAGGGUUUGUGGAUUGUGGAGAAAAAGAGGUGGGCGAAUUUGGUUGAUACGUAUGAGGAUUUCGCGAUGGGAGAGAGGGCAUGGGAGGAGGACUCUAGACGGGAUGGUCUUGCGGUCCCGGUGGCGGUGACGGAGGCUAGUAGUUGUAUUGAAGCGCUGGAACUGGCGGCGCAGAGUCCAUUUCUUGGGGAGGGGUGGAGUGAUGUCUUCGUCCCGACGAGGCAUUUGAGAAAGCGCGGCGAGGGCAAUAAACUACGAGACGACUCUGUUAGCAGCGAUGAACUGCCAUGUUCUCCACCCGAGGCUCCUGAGAUGGAUUCAGAAACGUCACGGUACUCCAAUGGGGCUUCCGAUGGGACAGAGGAGGCAGACGGCAGUACCGCAAACUACUACCUCAGAGAUCAUUCAGAUUCGCCCCCUGCCGACCGCGCAGGCGUCCGAGCAGACUCUCCGACCGCCUCUCCCCGAUCUAAGACUUCCGCCAGUUCUACCGUGUACACAUCUUCACCCCCAUCGCCAUCCUCUCCACCCCAAAGUCGGUCUUCUUCCUUUGUGCCAUCCACUCCCAUGAUCGGCGUAUACUUCCCGGACGACCUCCCCUCUCCCUCCACCCGACGGUCGUUGUGCUAUAAUCGCACUUCUAAGUCCUAUGAGAAAGGCAAACACGCAAGUCCAUACGGUACUAUCAAGGUCGAUACGAGCUUUGCGAACAACUCCGCAUACGACGAGUUUGGAGUCGCCGAAGAAGAAGAGCUGAAAAUAUUGACAGCGGCUCAGGAUGAAACUCCUCAAACGGAUGAAGACAUGAACAAAGGUCGUUUCGCGGGUUUCACAGACGUGGGUCUAGACUCGGAAGAUGAGGGGACGGAAAGUGAGUGGAGCGAUACUACUGAUGAAGGAGAUGGAGAGGAAGAUCUCAUGAUGGUUGUGGGUAGGAGCACCGUGGGUGGAAAGCGGCUGCCGGGUCAAACAGGGGAGGUGAAUUUCCAACGACCGGUGUUUACGUUUAGUUGGCCAGGCCGGGGAGAAGUGGACGAAGAGGGCGAUACGGUCUCUGAUACUAGUUCGGAUGAGUUUGACGACGAUGAGGUGGAAGAUGCGAUGCGAGAUAUGAAUGAUGUGGAUGUGGUAUCGCUGGCCGAGCCGGAUCUCCAGGUGACUCCUCGUCGCCGAAGUCAUGACGAAUUGAUUGAAUGUGAGGAAAUGGAUGAAGAGAAAUGCGUCAAGAGAUCGCGUCUGUAG